AUGGACACUGUUAUUACAGGAAUUUACCUUUAUAGCCUAGACAUGAAAACUCAAAUGCAACAAGUAUCAUUAGACAUGAAUGGAUAUGAGAUUCAGCUAAAAAACUUGACUCAAGUCACCAUGUUCAUAUUGAUGGGCUUCACGGAAGAUUUUGACCUGCAAGUCUGCUUAUUUUUACUGUUCCUGGCCAUCUAUCUUUUUACAUUGAUAGGAAACUUGGGAUUAGUUUUGUUGGUCAUAGGGGAUUCUCAGCUCCACAACCCCAUGUACUAUUUUCUGAGUGUUUUGUCAUUCUUGGAUGCUUGUUACUCUACAGUUGUUACCCCAAAGAUGUUGGUCAAUUUCCUUGCAAAGAAUAAAUCCAUUUCAUAUCAGUCUUGUGCAGCUCAGAUGCUUCUCUUUGUGACUUUUGGGAGUACAGAAUCUUUCCUUUUGGCAGCAAUGGCUUACGACCGCUAUGUCGCCAUCUACAACCCACUUCUGUACUCAGUGAGCAUGUCUCCCAAGGUCUAUGUGCCGCUCAUCAUUGCUUCCUAUGCUGGUGGAAUCCUGCAUGCUACCAUACACACAGUGGCCACUUUCAGCCUGUCCUUCUGUGGAUCCAAUGAAAUCAGACAUGUCUUCUGUGACAUCCCUCCUCUCCUGGCUAUUUCCUGCUCUGACACUCACACAAACCAGCUUCUCCUUUUCUACUUGGUGGGUUCCAUUGAGAUUGUCACCAUCCUGAUUGUCCUGGUCUCCUAUGGUUUCAUCUUAUUGGCCAUUCUGAGGAUGCACUCAGCUGAAGGGAGGAGAAAAGUGUUCUCUACAUGUGGAGCUCACCUCACAGGGGUGUCCAUUUAUCAUGGGACAAUCCUCUUCAUGUAUGUGAGACCAAGUUCCAGCUAUGCCUUGGAACAUGACAUGGUAGUGUCAAUAUUUUACACCAUUGUCAUCCCCAUGCUGAAUCCCAUCAUCUACAGUUUGAGGAACAAAGAUGUCAAACAGGCAAUGAAAACUCUGUUGGAGAGAAAUUGUUUUAUAAAUAAAUAG